UCGCGACAAUGAUUAUUUUCAACAAAUCAUAAGGAUAUUGGAACUUUAUAUUUUAUUUUCGGAGCUUGAGCUGGAAUAGUAGGGACAUCUUUAAGAAUCCUAAUUCGAGCUGAACUAGGACACCCUGGAGCAUUUAUUGGAGACGAUCAAAUUUAUAAUGUAAUCGUUACUGCUCAUGCUUUUAUUAUAAUUUUCUUUAUAGUUAUACCUAUUAUAAUUGGAGGGUUUGGAAACUGAUUAGUUCCUUUAAUAUUAGGAGCACCUGAUAUAGCUUUUCCUCGAAUAAAUAAUAUAAGAUUUUGAAUGCUUCCUCCUUCAUUAACACUUUUAAUUUCUAGUAGUAUAGUAGAAAACGGGGCUGGAACAGGAUGAACUGUUUAUCCUCCUCUAUCUUCUGGAAUUGCUCAUGCUGGAGCUUCAGUAGAUUUAGCAAUUUUUUCUCUUCAUUUAGCAGGAAUUUCUUCUAUUUUAGGAGCAGUAAAUUUUAUUACAACAGUAAUUAAUAUACGGUCUCCAGGAAUUACAUUAGAUCGAAUACCAUUAUUUGUUUGAUCGGUAGUUAUUACAGCAGUAUUAUUAUUAUUAUCAUUACCAGUAUUAGCAGGAGCUAUUACUAUAUUAUUAACUGAUCGAAAUUUAAAUACAUCUUUCUUUGAUCCAGCAGGAGGAGGUGAUCCAAUUUUAUAUCAACACUUAUUCUGAUUUUUUGGUCAUCCAGAAGUAUAUAUUUUAAUUUUACCUGGAUUCGGAAUAAUUUCGCAUAUUAUUACUCAAGAAAGUGGAAAGAAGGAAACAUUUGGAAACUUAGGAAUAAUCUAUGCUAUACUAGCAAUUGGUUUACUUGGAUUUAUUGUUUGAGCUCAUCAUAUAUUUACAGUUGGAAUAGACGUUGAUACUCGAGCUUACUUUACAUCAGCAACUAUAAUUAUUGCUGUGCCAACUGGAAUUAAGAUUUUUAGUUGAUUAGCUACAUUACACGGAACACAAUUAACUUAUAGCCCAGCUAUAUUGUGAGCAUUUGGAUUCGUUUUCUUAUUUACAGUUGGUGGUCUAACAGGAGUUGUACUAGCUAAUUCAUCUAUUGAUAUUGUUCUUCACGAUACUUAUUAUGUUGUUGCUCAUUUCCAUUAUGUAUUAUCAAUAGGAGCAGUAUUUGCUAUUAUAGCAGGAUUUGUACAUUGAUAUCCAUUAUUAACUGGAUUAACAAUAAAUCCAACUUGAUUAAAAAUUCAAUUUUCUAUUAUAUUUGUAGGAGUAAAUUUAACAUUUUUUCCUCAACAUUUUUUAGGUUUAGCCGGAAUACCUCGACGAUAUUCAGACUUUCCAGAUAGCUAUUUAACAUGAAAUGUAGUUUCUUCUUUAGGUAGUACAAUCUCAUUAUUCGCUAUUUUAUACUUUUUAUUUAUUAUUUGAGAAAGUAUAAUCACUCAACGAACUCCAGCUUUCCCUAUACAAUUAUCAUCAUCAAUUGAAUGAUACCAUACCCUUCCUCCUGCAGAACAUACUUAUGCAGAGCUUCCUUUAUUAACUAAUAACU